UUUCCAGCAGUCCCGCACAUACACUUAUGACCGUGGGGGAGCCCACUCUUUAUUUCUGUUCCGUUUCAAUCGUUCAUUCGUGUGGUUUCUUUCGCAGAGUUCGGUUUGCUGUCGGUCUGACGGAGGAGAUUUGAGUUCAACUGGUUUUUGCUGCCAACCAGCAUAAAUUAGAACUAGUUUCACAAAUUUGUGUUAUUCGUUUUUUGUUUAUUAAAAGUUCAUCACCCUGCAUUUCGCUCCGAGUGACUGGCUGAUCUUUUUAUCGGUGAUUUCCGGUUUUUCACAGUUCCUUUCGCCGAAGUGAGCGCUAUUGUGUUCUAAACAGAAAAGACCACAACAAAAGCGUAACCAACGCAAACAAAAAGUAAUCACCGCCGAUGAUGGUUCGAUGAUGGUCGAGAGAAAGUGAACGAACGCAAAUGAUUAUCGUGCUGGUUUGGUGGAAAAAAGACUCGCAACGGUCCAGUGAUCGUUUCUAGUUUAUUGUUGGAAUUCGAAGUGCCCUUUAAAUUUGGCAUUCUUCAUCGAUUGCUGGUGUGGUUGAGAAGGUGUUAAAUAUCGUACCGGUCGGCUGUUGCCACUGCUACGAAGGAUAUAGAUACCGAUAGGUUGUGUGAAUCCUGUGUGGGUGUCCGGAUACGACGAAGUGAUUUUUAUGAAUAUUCAAAUGAUCAAAUUUGCAUAAUUUUAACGGGUGGUGUUGAUGUGGUAAGAGUGUGCGGCUGAUUGGUGAUUUCCCUGACGAAAGUGCUCCUUGGUGUCUUAAAAUCUAAGUGCUAAGCAACUGGUUCGUAUUUCUAGUGUGCAUUUGAAGUUAGCUUCUGAGCCUUUAUGAAAACUGGAAGCUUUUCGGGAGCUAUUUUUCAAAUUUUCUACUGAUUGUGCAGGUUAUCUCUGACCGUUGACAAUACUUGUUUCAGGAGUUUGCACGCGAAGCGAAACUGGAUUAUUAGCAACACUGCAAGCCGACUUUCUGUUUCAGGUGCUGAGAAUCUGUUCCGUGCCGUCGUCAGCAUAAAAUAGUGGCAUAUUCGUUUGGACAGCAGUAAGACGAAGGCAGCUUCCGUGUGAAAGUCACUCAACCGCUUCUUCACUCAGAAACUUGUCAGCAGCGCCCGGUUCACAGUGGAGAAAAAGCUGAGCAGUGGUAAAAUGGCCAGCACCGGCGACAUUUGGUUGCAAUGGUUUUCCUGCUGCUUUCAGCCACAAAGCCCUCGACGACGGCGGCAUCACCAGCGAUUACGGAUAGAUCGAUCGAUGAUCGGGAAUCCCACCAAUUUCGUUCACACAGGUCACAUCGGAUCGAACGACGUCGAACUAUCGACAAAUCAUCUUUCAGCGAUACAAAACCAGAUGCAAAGUAAAGGUGGCUACGAAAUGAAUUCGCUUAGACUACAGGCCUGCUGAUAGGCAACGCUGUCCGUUAAUUUAUUGCUAGUUUGUAAGGUUAAUGAUACUAAAAACUUACAGUAACAGUGUACCGCAAAACAUUGAUUUUUAGCACACAAACAACCAUAAAGCAGUAGCAAGUAUUUAGGAUAUAACGGUGGACGAGCGGACACUGCCCCGAUUAUACAAAGCGGGCUUUAAAACCCGUUGGACCCAUCAGAGAAGCCCAUUUAAGACUCUCGAAAGGUUUAUGAUACCAUUUAGCAAGCGAAACAUUGUUCGUAUGUAUUUGAUAAUUAGGAUAAGAUAUGAUGCUAACAAAUUGAUAAAAUCUUGAACGAAUGAGGAGGAUGAUAUUAGCUGAAGUAUAAGUUAUAAGCGGUGAAAUAAACUAAACAGAGGUGCUUCACUAACAAAUAACAAUAAAUAACUAAAUAGAAAGUAAUAUUCGUAAAUGAUAAAAUAUCUACUGACUAAAAUGCCUAAGGCACGUUUGUAUAUUACUGUACAUAGUUCCUGUUUUACCGUGUGUGCUAGUUUCGAAUGCAAAUCGCAGCAAUACAAACGAUUUACCCAGCAACACAAGUAGUAUACGCAACCUUCCUACUACCUACAUUUACACUUGCAUUUCGGAAUGCGAAACUGAUUUUGUAAUGCCUUAUACGUAUUGAUUAAAGAAAAUCGUUUACAGUUUAAGGAUUAGUAACAAAAAAGUAUCGGUGCCUAAUAUAUGUACAUGAAUCCCACAUGUUUACAGUUUAACCCAAUGCAGAGGAAAUCGUUGACUAAGAGACCAGCAACAUUAGA